AUUGCCUGGAUGACAGGGAAAAACCCAAUUUGGCUUUAAUUUUUUUAAAAUUUUGUACACUAUUUUUUCUUUUUUAAAGAAGUAGGUGACACAUUGCCUGGAUGACAGAAACUUUUUUUAAUUUUUUUUCAUCCAAAAAAUGUGUUUCAUUUUUUUUUUAAAUAACAAGAAAUUCAUGCCUACUUCUCUCAUGAGUUGAACACUUAACUCGUGACUCGGACAUUGAGCGAGACAAUAACAUAGGCCGAUAUCUUAACUAUGUGAAAUAAAGUGGUCCCUACCUGAUGAUGCAUGCAUUCCAUAUGAUUUUGUUGAAAUGUUUUGUGUUUGUUGGCAUAGUUUAGUGAUAAGAUGGAGUUAGUCUGUAUAAGAAUAUCCUGCACUGUCUGUUCCAUUGGAUCUAUAAAAUAAUUCCAUGCACUGUCUGUUCCACUGGCUUUAACUUUAUUCCUGGGAUAUUAUAUAUAUGAUGAUGAAAAAUAUGGUGUUUGAUUUUACUUUAUUGUUUUAUUUAUCACUCCUUCGAAGAAAAAGCUUUGAAUAAACUUUGCUGUUUAUAUUAAUACUAUGGAUCAAUAGAGAAAUUAAUACAAGCGCUAUGGAGACGAGGAAAUGUACUUUUUCACACCAAGGAACAGAAAGUACAGGAAUGGAAGUAGACCCAAUCAAGCCGCUGACGGUGGAUACUGGAAAGCCACUGGAAAAGAUAUGACAGUCAAAUACAGGGGCACUCCAGUUGGAAAGAGGAAGACACUGGAGUUCUAUACUGGAAAGGGUCUACAGGGUGAAAAAACCGAAAGGAAAAUGCAUGAGUUUACAGUCAAUGAUCCAGCUCCUAUUCAUCAAGUCAGAAAUACUAGAGAUUACAUGGGGCUGGAUGACUGGGUUUUAUGCAAGAUUUACAAGAAAUCAAAGAAGCCUAAAGAUGUCAGAAAUCGACAAAGAGACGAGGAAAAUUCAACACUAACUGCUAUGGAUAAUGUUGAUUACGUAAAUAACCAUGAUGAGGAUAGGACUGAUCUGCCUGAUAUGGAUUCUGGCUAUGUUGGGGAGAUGGACAUUGUUGGUGCUGAUGCUGUUUUCACCGAUGACUAUAGCCAACAACAGAUUGCUUCAAGUGAUUUCCCUGCUGAUUUUAACCUCCAUGCUGCUUCAUAUAGCCGCAUGUUUUCCCAGUUUGGCCGAGACAUGUGGAGAUCCUGCCUCAGUAUUUUCCAAUUCUGACAACCUGUCAACCCUGGAUGAUCUUUUGAAUCCUGCAAACUUUCAUUGGAACAUUGAUGAUCCAUUUUUUUACCUCCAUACUAGCCUGCCAAUUAAUAUUUCAGGAAAUCCUGUUCCUGCUCCCGGCAACCUCGCAAAUCCUGCUUCUCCUUGCAACCUUCCCGCAGCUAAUCAUGUUCCUUCUUCGCGCUAUCUUCCUUCGGCAUAUCUUGCUCCUCCUGGCCACCAAAUCCUGCAACCAGUCAGUCAACUUCAGCAGCAGAUGUUGUGCCAAAAAACAGCCUGCUCUAACGAAUAGGCCCGGAUUGAGAGUUUGAUUCGAAUAGAGUUCUAGAAUGGUUGCCAUCCGCCUUUUGAUAUAGCCAACGCUUGUAUCAUUAAUUACUUAAAAAGAACUUAAAAGGUUUGUUGUUUCCACUGUAGCUCCCACACUGCACUGUUCACUAUAACAUUGCAAUUUUUUUUUCAUUUUGAUCCUUUUAGAAAUUUUUAUUUUGGUAUUAAUCUCAAGAUAUUCAUUUCAGUCACUGAUUUUUUUUUUAAUUUCUUAUGUUCAUGUAAUUUAAAGCUUGAUAAUUCAUGUAAUUUGUAGCAUAUACCAUUUAGGUAUUUUAAGUUUCCAUCUUACUGGAAGAAGUAGAUUAAGGUUAGGAAAGAACUUUUUAUUUGAUUUAAUUUUUUGAUUUAUUAUUAAUUUGAGAGUGUUUUGAAAUUGAAAAUUAGUUUCUUGAAAUUCUUAGAGUGGUUGUAUUUAUCCAGACAAAAAAAUAAUGGUCACCUCAUGUAUAUUUCAAAUUAAGGAUAUUGGCACUAACUCCCAAUCAAUAUGAACUCAAAGGAAUAAUUUAUUCCUUUUUUUUUCUUUAAUUUUUUAGGAAGAAAAAAAAUAAAGAAGAUGAAGAAGGAGGAGGAGGAGGUAAAAGAACUGUUCAAUUAAUUCUUAUAUGCUACAAGGACUAAGGAAUUAGUCUUAAUAAAUACAGGGACUGGUGAUUAGCUCAAACCCAAUCGAUGGCGUAAGAAAAUAAAAGCUCCACCGAUGCCCGAAAACAGAUGCUUCAGCCCAGCUGAGAGCCCGACCCAACAAAAGCUAAUCAACCAGUCAAUAUGUAUUAUGCACUAUCUCACCAUUUUCUGCUACAAGAAUCAGAAAGAAAGAGACUCGGAGAAUACGAAUGGGUAGAAACAGAGGAAGAGGAGGAGGAGGAGACACGGAGCUUCACGCUGCGGCGAGGUCCGGUGACAUGAAAGCGGUUGAGUCAAUUGUCAGCUCAAACCCUUUGGCUGUUAACUCUAGAGAUAAGCACUCUAGAACCCCGUAUCCUCCUCCCUUUUCCUUGUUCGUUUUCUUAAUCCUUUAUUUAGUAUUUUAAUCAUCAUUUUUUUUCUAGUAUUUCGGGCUUAACAUGAUCCAGUUGAUAGCAUAUUCAAGAGUACGCUUACUUUGAUUGGAUACUUCUUGUACUUAAUUGGUUGAAUAAAACAUGGGUUUCUUUCAUACUCAUAUUUCUUUGUACUAGAUAGGUGCGAAGUCAAAAAGAUUUGUGGGUUUUCGUUGUGUUUUGCUAUGGAUAAUUUAAUGCUGAUCUGUUGUGAUGUUUUCAACUUCCAUUUUCAAUUUGUAAAGUGGUAGAUUAUCAUCCAAACUUCUUUCAGUAAAUUUCUCUGAACUAAUUACUUAUCGAGAAGCAUAGGCCUUCUGAAUAGACAAGGCAAGUUUUUUUUUUGGGUUUAUUUGAUGAUGACUUGAAGGUAAAGUUCAGUACUCUGAGUUUUUCAUGCCGUUUUAGAGACAGAGACAAUCUUGCUUGAAAUAGAGCUGAUUCCCCAUUACUGAGACAAGAGAUGUGAGCCAGACAAUCUUUUUUGUUGUCCAAUUAUCCUCGGAAUUCAGAAAGGACUCGAAGAGUAAAUGAAAUUUUCUGUCUUUUGUAUGUCCGUGUCUGGCUUCAUUUCUAUUUAGUUUGUUUGUUUUGCUGUCUAUUAAAAUGUCUAGGUAGCAUGAUGAAUAAGUAGAUACGAAGCAUUUAUAGACGAGAAAAUACUGGAACGAAAGUAGAUGGAUUGACUGGAGUGAAGUCCAAGGUGUGCUCUCCAUCCAUCUGCAGGCUUGUUUGCCUUAUCUUGCAUAAUUGAAAUUUAUAGUUCAAGGAAAGGUUUCUUGAAAUUAACAAUUCGAGCUUUUACUACAAAUAAAGAUGUUUGCUAAUGUCCUAUCUAAUCGUGAACCAUUUAAACUUGUGUCGUGAAAUGAAAUAAGAGAAUAAUCAUGUCAGGCAUUAUCUGUGUAGUUUUAUAUGCUCUUCAUUUUCUUCGUUUCUUUCAUGAAUAUGCUGGCUCUGGUGUUUCAUGCUAAUUUCUAAUCAGAACUCCAAAA